GUAUGGGGGUGUAACUACUGUUGAUCAUUUUAUAGUAACAGUAACAGCAGUUUUACUUAACUAAUUGUGAUACUCUUGCCACCAUAGCAUUCCUUGAACUCUAUUCUAAUGGUUAUUUGAUGGCACAACAAUGGGCAGGGCUGUGCAGUUAACUGUGUGCUGUUGUUUUUCACCUUUAUUGAUCCAGGGAAGAUUUACUGAGCAGCAUGCUCUGAUUAAGCAGUUCCAUGCCUCUAAAAUCACACUCUUACAUGCAUUCACAAUUGGACAUCGCCAGGUGUAACAACAGUCUGCCUCAGUUUGCCUCUGAGCAGCUCUGCAGGCAAAAUCAGAUGUUGGGCAAGAGCAAGAGCACAGGGGAAGUAGUUGUCAGAUGGGUAGAGAGUUUUGUACUCAGGUUUCCUGCUUCUGUUUUCCCAUCUGGUCCAGAGAUUUGAACCUCAGGAAUUCUUUCUUUAUUUCCCUUUCUGUAGUGGAUAGUAUUUUAAUGCCAAUUAUGAAAAAGUGUUAUAAAAUAAUUAGGUUAGAGCAGAUGAGAAAAAGUUAUUACCACAUUUGAACCAAUAGAUUUUUCACUAUCAUGAUCCUUUGAGAUAACUCUCAUUAGUGUGAUAUCUGAGCCAUUAAUUACACCACUGCACCACCCGACAACCAUCUGGUAUGUUAGCAACAGGCCAUUAAAGGAGCAAUAAUAAUCAUGCAAAAGUCACAGUCAGUAAGCUCAGAUUGUGACAUAGUGCCAUAUUAAUAGGAAACAUGCACCUCAACAUGUGAAUAGCUGCUGUAUUUCAUAGUUUCUACUGUUUGUCACCACUGCUUUCUGUCUCAGUCUGAUUGUUACAGUGGCUGACAUGUGGCUGACAUGCACUAAACCUCGUGUUCAAACAUCACGUCCUCCCUUUUAAGGAACCUAACGGGCAACGUGAUUUUGGAUGUCUGGUGCUUCCAAGGCUUACACCAACUGGGAGACAAAAUCCGUCUGGAAAGAGAGCAGUCCUUGUGGCGGCCUAGACACCAGCACUUCCUUCCACUGGAGGGAUCUUCCAUGAGGAGAUCACCUUUACUUCAUCUGUGAGAAAGGCUUUUGGGAAUGUGAUGAAAGAGUGAAGUUCUUCAGUAGCACCAGUCCAUAAACACAGCGAUCAGCUUCAAGAAAAACUCCAGUCUCACUCGUCUUCGGUGCUCACUGUUUUUAGUUCUUUGUGAUGUCCUGCCUGCUGCAGUUCCCCACAAGACCAUGUAGCACCUGCUGAUCCCUCGGAGCCUUGACGUCAGCGCAGUAAACGGUGGAGACCUCCUGUGCGCGACGGCAGCGGUGCUCACAGGCGCAGCGGUCCGUCCAGCGCUCAACGCAGACGGCUGCGGCGGCAACAACUUAGCUCCGACUUCCCCCGCCAGAUUUUCCCAUACAUCCACCCGCCGUCUGGAAGCGACACACACACAUCUGCACCCUCCCCCGAGUUUGGAACCCCCCUCCACCCCCCUCUUCGCCUCUCCAUCCCCGAUAUGUCGUCUGCUGUCACCGAGACAGAGGAGUCGGCGCGCAGCUCCCCGCUGACACCGCUGAAGCUGGUCGGGCUGGUGUGCGUCUUCCUGGCGCUCUGCCUGGAUGUUGGAGCCGUGAUGAGCCCGGCGUGGGUGACUGCCGACGACCAGUACUACCUGUCUCUGUGGGAGUCCUGCUGGAAGCCGGCGAGCACCGAGAACUGGCAGUGCAGCAGCACGCUGGGCUCAGACUGGCAGGUUGCUACGAUGGCCCUGUUGCUAGGGGGCGGAGCCCUGGUGCUGAUGUCAUUCCUGGUCGCUCUGGUCGCCGUGUGCAUCGGCACGAGGCGGCGGUUCUACGCACCCGUCGCCCUCAUGCUCUUUGCUGCAGUUGUCCUCCAGGCCUGCAGCUUGGUCCUCUACCCCAUCAAGUUCAUUGAGAGCAUCAACCUGAGGAUCUACCACGAGUUCAACUGGGGUUAUGGUCUGGCCUGGGGUGGGACCAUCUUUUCCUUUGGUGGGGGAAUCCUCUACUGCCUCAACCCCAAGAACUACGAGGAGUAUUACUAACUCUCAUUGAAGCCGAGGAAACUACCGUCACAUGCUUGGAGAGGUAUUCAGAGGGCAAAGGAGGGGGUUUGGGGGGGUUUAUUUUCCUUUUAUGUUAUUUUCCUUUAAUGGCUCAAUUCCCAAAACCUAAAGGAGUACUUUACACUGUAUCUGAGCCCACAACUGUUUUGCCACAAGCCUGCCCACCCCCCUGGAAAAGUUCAGUUGGCGGUCGAGGGAUUUCUUUUUGUGCCUCAGUAAACAGAAAUGUUAGCACUGGGUAUUUGAACAUACAGCCCCAAGUUCUGGGGAGGGUUUGGGCGGUUUGUUCUUUCUUCCCUGUGAAUUUAACUGCAAGAACUACUCUCAUUAUGUCUUAUGUCAAGUGACAACUUGACACAUCAACUCUGUUACUUAGGAUGCCGGAUGUGAAACUGGAAGACUAUUACUGCACGUUCACGCAAGCAUGCACAUGGAAACAUGGAAAGGCACGUGUAUCCUCACCUGUAAACAUCGUGAAGGGAUAUCUUCAGAAAUCCACUCCCUCGUCUCCUGCUCCAUUGGCUCAUCAUCAUCGGCGCUUAGUUAGGAGUUGUGGCAGUUUGUUUUUCAGAGUCCUCUGCGGCUUCUUAACUUUCACAAGGACGUGGAAAAGGUUCAGAUACUACGGCUGCACGUCAUAACUUUUCACAAGACUGAUAGAUUCCUCUUUGGGGGUAGAUAAGAGAGUGGAACAAAAUAAAGACACCCGCUCAAUAUUCUGUUAUCGACCCACUUGUCUGUUACCGCGGCAACCCACAGGGUGAGCACACGCAGCUGUCAUGAUCGAUUAGCCAUGGUCGGAGGUGUGAGACAGGACUGCGCUCAGCUGCCUCCGAGCGUCUGCUAAAUUUCGAUUCCCUAUUGAGGCGAGUUUCUCUGCACCAUGACGUUCGGAGCAUUCCUUCCCUCUCUGGUCCAGCUCCUCCGUGUCCAUGGGAGUGUCCACUGUCCACACACCACAGACAGAUACAGUCAAUGGACAUGUUUACAUCUGCAUCAGUAGUUUACAGAAGUUAGAAUCUGAGUCUCAUAUGAUUAUACGCUUUGCUGAAGUAAGUAGAAUCACCACAGAAACACAUGGGGAUAACAGUCACUCUACUAGCCUACCUUUGGGGCAUGAAUGUCCCUUUUCGGCGUUUUGGAGGGAUUCAUUUUUUUUUUUUUUAGACAAAGGUUUGCAGGAUCACAGUUUAGGUAAGUAUACAUGUGAUCUUUGCAAAAGUGGAAUGUGUCUAUGUAUAAGAUGAGCUACGAGAAGGAAGUAAAUGGGGACAAAGAAAGGAUUGGAGACCAAGCACCACAGUUGGUACAUGUCGUGGUUGACCAGUGGAGGCCCAAACCAGUGCAAUGCCACUGUUAUGCACAAAGAGUUUUGUCUAGAAUGUUAAUUAAUACUAACAUAGUAAGCUGAUGAAUGUUUAUUUUGGUGGAAAUAGUAAGGAAACUCGUUAAAAGUGGUGAUUUUGGACACAGUCUAACUGUUUUAUGUGUGUUGUAAAAGCAGUACUUCUGUCAGAAAUCACUUAAAAUCUAAAAACAGGAUUAAUGCCAAGGACACAGUCAGACAGUUACCUAAAUGCCAGUGUGAGGAAUCAAUUAUUGUGUGCAUGUAAACAUAACCACUCAAGCUGGCUGUUCAUAAACUGGAUCAGUGCAUCUGCUGAUAAGUUCAGGCCACUUUCCAGUUACACCAAACUGCUGCCUCCUUGUCCACAGUAAAUGUCAUGGACCCUCCCAGCACCCUGUGUGUGUGUGUGUGUGUGUGUAGAUUUUGGUGGAAAACAAGCCAAGCAUGAAUCUGUUGGCACAGGAAAAGCAAAUGUCAAUAUCAGCCAGUGUCAAAUGUCAGUAUUAAUGGAUGCUGGGACACAUAUACUGUAGACAAGAAGCAGGAUUGUAUCUUACAUCAAAGCAUCACCACAUAAUCACCGCUUCCCAGUUUAUCCCAAUUUAUCUCUUUGCUAUUGCUUCCCCUGUGCUCAGGGUUUGGUGGGGUCCGAUCAUGAGUUUUUUAGGUGGUAGACAAGGAUCAAAUGCAGUUUCUUGGUGUAAAUAUGGACAGAGAAGGAAACAUCAUAAGUUCUACACUUAUUUUAAAUUCUAGAUUGGGUGAUAAAAUGGAUGUUUUGCUUUCAUUGUGCACAAAAAAACCUGUUUAGCUUCUCUAUCGGCUGAAGUGUCAAGUCAACUUCCCCUGUGUGCUAAAUUACUUUCCCAACCCUGCGACCCCCAUGCUCACAUUCUCUCUUCAAAACACACUCUGUAAUUUCACAAGUGCACAGGGAGUCGGAUGUAAAAGAAGAAUUCUCCGGCUGACGUUUUGGAGACACAAAGGGCGUCUGGUCUGUACUCUCCAUUGUUACAUAUUUACCGUGUAGCUGUCAAGCAAACUAUCAGCCAAAAAUAGGAUGCAGGCUGCCUCCCUCGUCACCUUAACCAAUGCAGAUCUGUGCAGCUGUGCAACUGACACAAGUCCAUUUAUUUUAUAUAAACUGGCACAAGGAUGUUUACUACAGACAGAAUCAUUUGCUCUGUCGUUGAUGAGGAGAAGCUCUGUUUGUUUUUGACAGUUCUGCCUGCAACUAUGGCAGCAGUGCUUCCAUAAUAAGCUCAUUCAAGUUUAUUUAUGGCUGAGUUUUGAUACCACAGGAAGAUUUCAGUGAUGCUUUACAAAGCGCUCACUGUUCCAGCCAUUAUUCCAUUAGUCAUACCAGCUUCACGGGUCAGAGGGUGCUUUUCAGCGUGUGACCCUGCACUUCAGUAUCAGAAAGAUGUCACAGGUUCACCGUGUUCAGCGGUCGGGCCUCACUUAAUCAGUGUUCAACUUUGUUGGGUCAUUGGAUUCGGGUAAUGUGACUUGACUCGGGCAGAGCGAAGCAAACGUCCUGACACCAUGAGGAAGUGUUGUAAUAGAGAUCAUCACCACCAGUAUGAUACCUGAUAUGGCCGCUACUGUGUUUAAUACUGUAUGAUCACAGCUUAGUGAGGGUGUUUUUGCUACCUAGAAAUGUCUCUGUGCUGUGGUGGUGUAGAAGAGCUGGCACUGUAACAGAACUGGGUUAAAAUAUACAGGAAUAAUUUCAAAUAUCCCCUGAAACGUUAUUGGACGACCUGAAAACAAUUUCAUGCUUUCAAAAUCAAAACAAAGGUUUUCAUGUGCUGAGAACUUGUCAGCAGCAAGUCUGAUUCUGAAAUUAGAAGAGCUGAAAAUGCUGUUGAUUUUCAGUGCAGGUCUGGUAUUACAGCAUCUUACUGAUAUUGAUACACCUGCCAAACACAUAAACACACUAAACGUCUGGUGGGGGGAGAUAAAUCCCCCGUCAGAUAAAUUCAGAUCAAAGACUUGCUGCUGUAUUUCAUCAGGUAGUUCAACAUUGUGCAGCUGCUGUUAUUAGUACGUCUCUUAUCCGAGACUCAAAGCGACGACGCUGUGCUUUGGACUGCGCGGUGCACAAAACAAACAUCCCCUGCCUUCUCGCGGAUGCUGCCUUCAGGAACGGGCAGCCGCGAGUUUUUUGAUUUCUUAAUUGGGAGCGGAAAUCAGUGUGACGUCAGUUGUAAUUAUAAGCCUCUGAUUCUCAAAGACAAUGCAAAUAUGUGUGCACCAGCUUCAGAAAUGACCUACAUGCUUUGAUUAUUUUGGGUUUUUUUUUUUUUAAUGAAGCACUUGAAUGUGGUUCUGGGUAAAUAAGAUUAUUUGUGCAAGGCCUCGUGUGUAAUUUCUGCAGGGGAGCUACACAGGCUCGGCGACAUGCUGCACAAACACAACUGCCCUUUAAUCGGUUAGACUCGUUAUUUGUGGAUGCAGGGUGUCUGACCCACGCUGGUUCCUUGUAUGUUUUAUCCCAGGUCUGACUCGUAGUUAUUAGCAUUUAUUUGGUUAUUAAUUUACUGAUGAAAACUAGAGGCUCGCAAACAGAGACAGCUCUGUUUUAUGCAUCAUCUCCCAGUAGACUGAGAGAAACACUGUCUAAUGAUGUGCAUAGGGAUUUAGGAAAUGUGUGUGUGUGUGUGAAUGACAGAGGAGGAGUGUUGGCGUGUGCGUGCAUGUGCGUUGGCAUGUUUUAGAUGCCAUUGUAGAGAUGUCAGUAAUCAGCAUUUAUCUCUUUGUACGUUGGCACAUUAAAGCAUUGAACAAAAAGUCUCA